AUGUCGGCACGAAGUCGUACGGCAUUCGGUCCCGACAGGAUAAGCUCUGAACAUUUGAAGCAACUUCCGCCAGUUCUUAACAACACUCUGGCGAGACUAUUCACACGUUGCCUGUCGGAUGCAAGGUUCCUAAACCGUGGAAGACCAACAAGACCGCGUUAUUGUGCAAGAAGGGAGAUCUACAUGGCAUCAGCAACUAUCACCCAAUCAGCUUACUUGCUGUCUGUCAUCUACAAGCUCUUAGCAAGAGUAAUUCUUAACAGGAUAGGAAUAACAUUAGGUGAAGGACAGCCAUGCGAGGCUACAAGAUGCCGCUCUGUCUCACUAUUGUCGUCUUAA